AUGGAAAGGGCAGAGAACAAAGGCAUUAGCAUUGCUAUCGAUCGCGGUGGCACCUUCACUGAUUGUGUGGGAAAUCCGGGAACGGGUCGUUUAGAAGAUGAUAUUGUGAUCAAACUGCUCUCCGAAGAUCCAAACAACUAUCAAGAUGCUCCUAUCGAAGGCAUCCGGCGGAUUUUAUCCAGGUUCACUGGCAACGAAAUCCCGCGAGGGAAACCGAUUGAUACCUCUCUAAUCCAGAGCAUUCGAAUGGGCACAACCGUUGCCACCAAUGCAUUACUAGAGCGCAAAGGAGAAAGAAUCGCGCUAGUAGUGAGUAAGGGAUUUCGAGAUUGCCUUCAAAUUGGUAACCAGUCACGCCCUCGGAUCUUCGACCUCAAUAUCAAACGUCCGGAGGUGCUCUAUGAAGAAGUGGUGGAAAUAGAUGAGCGUGUUACCCUGGAGGAUUAUGCAGAGGAUCCUCAACGUCAUAUCACAACCACAAACCCACGAGGCAGCACUUCGUCUGAUACCGAGAUCGUCCGAGGCCUAUCUUCUGAGGCAGUUCGCAUCCUUAAGCGCCCCUCUGAAAUCGUAGUCAAAUCGCAAUUACAAGAGGUAUAUGAUCGAGGUAUUCGCAGUAUCGCAGUGUGCUUGAUGCAUGGAUAUACGUUUCCAGACCAUGAGGCACUGGUGGGGCGUCUCGCAGGAGAGAUCGGCUUCCAUCAUGUCAGCUUGAGUCAUGAGCUUAUGCCCAUGAUCAAGCUCAUCCCGCGGGCCACUUCGGCUUGUGCAGAUGCAUAUUUGACUCCAACGAUCAAGAGAUAUAUCUCGGGAUUUCAGGCUGGUUUCGAAGGGGGACUUGGCAGGGAAAGUGUCAAGAAGCAGGAAGGUGCCUGGGGGGCCCGCUGCGAAUUCAUGCAGUCGGAUGGCGGACUGGUCGAUGUUGACCAGUUCUCCGGCCUACGGGCCAUUCUAUCUGGCCCAGCAGGCGGAGUGGUGGGCUAUGCAUUGACGUCAUAUGACCAUGAGACGAAAAUCCCCGUCAUCGGGUUUGAUAUGGGUGGAACUAGUACUGAUGUCAGCCGAUAUGGAGCGGGUCGUUACGAACAUGUGUUCGAGACUACUACGGCCGGAGUGACCGUUCAAUCACCUCAACUGGAUAUCAAUACCGUUGCGGCAGGUGGUGGCUCUAGGCUCUUCUACCGCAAUGGACUUUUUGUUGUCGGCCCAGAAUCCGCAGGAGCGCACCCAGGCCCAGCAUGCUACCGCAAGAAUGGUCCAUUAACAGUGACCGAUGCUAAUCUCGUCCUGGGUAGACUGGUUCCAGACUUUUUCCCCAAAAUCUUUGGCACCAGUGAGGAUCAGGGGUUAGAUGAACAAAAAAGCCGAGAAUUGUUUGAACAAUUGGCCCAGAAAAUCAAUGAAGAAAUGGCCCAGGGAGGACAAGGGAAAAAAAUGACUCCAGACGAAGUUGCAUUUGGCUUUAUCAAGGUUGCUAACGAGACAAUGACUCGACCUAUUCGAUCGUUAACUGAAGCCAAAGGGCACGAUACUUCUAAACAUAGACUGGCCACCUUUGGCGGUGCAGGAGGGCAGCAUGCCGUGGCGAUUGCAGAAAGUCUUGGAAUCCGGCAAAUACUGAUCCAUCGAUAUUCUUCAGUCCUGUCUGCGUAUGGGAUGGCCCUGGCUGACGUAGUUGAUGAGAAUCAGGAGCCAGAAUCCAAGACUUGGAGCAAUGAUCAAGGUGUCCGACAGGAUCUCAUGGAGAAGAUGGAUCAACUGAAGAUAAAAUCAUCCCGCAAGCUACGAGAGCAAGGCUUUGAAGAAGAAUCGAUUGUCUUUGAAGAAUAUCUCAAUAUGCGGUAUCGAGGCACGGAAUCCGCUCUGAUGAUCUUGAAGCCCAGCAAAGAAGAGUCCAAUCUUCUAUUUGGCGGAGAAGACUGGGCUUUUGGCGCGGCCUUUGUCCAUCAACAUGGGGAAGAAUUUGGAUUCACUUUACCGGACCGGGAUAUCAUUAUUGACGAUGUACGGGUGAGAGGCAUUGGGAAGAGUUUCCAGACGUCUGAGGAAACGGUGGAUUCACAACUUCGAGAGUCCAAGCCCCAGGAUGUGGUGGAGGGCCGGGAAUACCGGAACUCCUCGGUGUAUUUUGAGGGUGGUCGACAAGAAACACCCAUCUAUAAACUGGGUGAUUUACAAAUCAAUGAUCGAGUCAAAGGACCAGCGAUUCUGGCCGAUGAGACUCAGACUAUCGUGGUGCCCCCUGGAGCCUCCGCCCUUCUCAUCAAAACCCACGUUGUUAUCCAUAUUGGUGAAUCUGGCGCCAGCCUACCUCAUAUCAGCACCGAGACGGUAGAUCCGAUUCUCCUCAGUGUCUUCUCCCAUCGAUUCAUGGCCAUUGCGGAGCAGAUGGGACGCGCUCUACAGAAAACCAGUGUCAGCACUAAUGUCAAGGAGAGGCUCGAUUACUCAUGUGCCUUGUUCGACGCUGAUGGUGGAUUGGUUGCGAAUGCCCCACAUCUCCCCGUUCAUCUUGGAAGUAUGUCCACCUGCGUUCGUAUGCAAGCUCGACUCUGGCAUGGAAAAUUAAACCCAGGCGACGUCAUUGUAACCAAUCAUCCCGAGUUUGGCGGCACGCACCUUCCUGACAUCACGGUCCUUCAACCCGCUUUUAGUGAUGGAAAUAUCAUUUUCUACGUCGCUUCGAGGGCGCACCAUGGUGGAAUUCUACCUGGGUCUAUGCCCCCUCACUCCAAAGAGCUCUAUCAGGAGGGAGCUAUGAUCAAGAGCGAGAAACUGGUCUCCGCGGGCAUCUUCAAUGAGGAGCGUAUCACGGAGCUGUUAUACAGCGAACCGGCCCAAUAUUCCGAUUGUAGUGGGACCCGGUGUCUGGCGGACAAUUUGAAUGACCUCAAGGCUCAAAUCGCUGCAAACAAGAAAGGAAUCAAUUUGAUUAGCACCCUCAUUGAAGAAUAUGGGGAAGAAGUGGUUUUGUUCUACAUGCGCCAGAUACAAGACAACGCAGAACUCAGCGUACGGAAUCUACUCAAGGAAGUCAGCCACAAAUUCGCCGGGUGUGAUCUCAGAGCAAUUGACUUUAUGGACGAUGGAACACCUAUACAAUUGCAAGUAUCCAUCGACGCGGAAAAGGGUGAAGCAAUAUUUGACUUUGAUGGAACGGGUCCAGAGGUGUACGCCAACAUCAAUGCCCCGGAAGCUGUCACCUACUCUGCAAUUAUCUAUUGCCUGCGAUGUCUCAUUUCCGACGAUAUCCCGCUGAAUCAGGGUUGUUUAAAACCGAUUGACGUUCGCAUCCCCCCGAAGAGCCUCUUGUCUCCAUCAGAAUCUGCUGCAGUUGUUGGAGGGAAUGUUUUAACGAGUCAGCGAGUGACCGAUGUGAUCCUGAGAUGCUUCCAAGCCUGCGCCGCCUCGCAGGGAGAUACCAACAACUUGACCUUUGGAUUUGGCGGCAAUCGAGCCGGUGAAGCGGAAACCAAGGGAUUUGGGUAUUACGAAACCAUCGCGGGUGGAAGUGGAGCGGGACCCCAUUGGGAGGGCACGUCCGGGGUGCACACCCAUAUGACCAAUACGCGUAUCACUGAUGCCGAAGUUUUUGAAAGACGAUACCCCGUUCUGCUACGGGAGUUCAGUCUACGAGCCAACUCUGGUGGAGAGGGACAACAUCGCGGAGGAGACGGGGUCGUCCGAGAUAUCGAGUUUCGCAUUCCCGUCCAGGUUUCCAUCCUGUCCGAACGCAGAGUCUUUCAUCCGGGGGGUGAAGACGCCAAGUGCGGCCAAAAUUUCUGGGUGCGUAGCGUUCAACGACCUAAUGACGAGAGGGAGGAACGACUUAUCAACCUGGGUGGUAAGAAUACUGUCCAGAUGCAACCGGGAGAACGUAUCAUCAUCCAGACCCCAGGAGGUGGAGGAUGGGGCCGAGUCGGCGACCAGCAUCAGCUUCGUCAUGAAAAAGAUGCACGUCACGCCUGGCGAGGAGGUUCAAUUGCCAACCGAGAAGCCACUCAGGGAGCAAGUAUGUGA